AACAAUUAACCAUAAUUAAUCAAUGGAGUAUGGUAAGCUCCAACCCACUGAAUCGGCUAGGUAUACGGAACAACUACCGCAAAAACAAAUCCAAACCCGAAAACACAUCCUGGUAAGGGACGCCCGUGUUACAUUCCUAGUGUUAUUAUUCCUACUAAUUGUAGCAUCAUUAUUAACAAUUAUGAUAGUUAUUGUCAUGAAACAUAAACAUUACUUCAAAAAAAACACUACUUCCACGUCAUCAUCAUCUAAUAACUCCGCCGGGGUGGGUGUACCACCGGCGGCGGCAUCGGUGUCGCUCACCCGGAUUUGUGAAGUGACCCGGUAUCCGGCCACGUGUGUUACCUCUCUAGGAGAGUACAUGAACACACAGAUGAUUGGGGAUGACGUUGAGACCCGGCCCGGGUAUGUACACGUGUCAUUGGAUGUAACGUUGGAGAGGUUAAGGAAAGGGUUGGAUUAUUUAAUGAUGGAAAAGAAGAGAUUUGAUGAAAUUAAGGAUUCAUUUGAAUGGUCAGCUCAUGAUGAUUGUGUAGAGCUCAUGGAAGACUCAGUGGACCUGCUCACACGUAGUCGCCCCCUCAUAAUGAUGUUAGUAUCAUUAUCUAAUGAUGAUCAGAAGAAUAAUCAGAGUCAAACCUCUAUAAUGGACUUGAUGACAUGGAUGGCAACAAUAUGCACAAACCAAGACACGUGUACGGAGGGAUUUGAAGAAGCCGGAGGAGCACUAAAACAUGAGACGGCUCAGAUCUUACAAGACUUGUGGCAAAUAGUAAGCAACCACUUGGAUCUUUCGAGCACGGUGUUGUCAAACGACGUCGUUUCAGGUAGAAGGUUAAUGGGUCUUGAGCCCACCAAUAUGGAUCACAAAUAUCCAAAAUGGAUAUCAAGGAAACACAGGGAGAUGUUGGCCACACCAAUAAACAUGAUCCAGCCCAAUAUAACAGUUUCUCAGCACGGUAUUGGGCCUAAUGUUACUGUUAGGUCCAUUUGGGAGGCCAUUGAAAUGGCUCCCAAGAAUAGCAGUACUCCAUUCAUCAUUCAUGUCAAAGCAGGAAGAUACCAAGAGUCGAACUUAAUAGUGAGUAAAAGAAAGACUAAUUUAUGGUUUAUAGGUGAUGGCAAGGGCAUGACCAUUAUCACGGGCAGUAAAAGUGUCAAAGCCAAUAACGUAACAACUCUGAAGACUGCAACUUUUGGAGUCACCGGUGCCGGUUUCUUAGCCCGUGGAAUAACCUUCGAGAGCACGGCAGGACCACAAAACCACCAAGCUGUAGCGCUCUUGGUAAAAUCCGAGCAAUCCGUGUUUUACGAGUGUGAGAUAAAGGGGUAUCAAGACACCCUUUACGUACAUUCCAACCGCCAAUUUUACCGAAACUGUGACAUAUACGGAACAGUAGAUUUCAUCUUCGGAAAGGCACAAGCAGUGUUACAAAAUUGCACCAUAUACUCUCGUAAGCCUAUGGAACACCAAAAGAACACGAUCACUGCCCAUAAACAACCGUGUUCUAACAUGUGUACGGGUAUAUCGAUCCACGAAUGUCAAAUACGGGCUGCCCCGGAUUUGGAGCUCGUGAAAUCGAACUACUCGACGUACUUGGGACGUCCGUGGAGCGAGUGGGCUACGACUGUGUAUAUGGUGUCGUACAUUGGUGAUCAUGUUGAUUCGCAAGGGUGGAUACCUUGGAAUGCAACGUCUUCAUUAGAUAGUGUUUUUUACGGUGAGUUUAUGAACUAUGGUCCGGGGGCUAAUACUAGUCAGCGGAUGAUAUCGUCUGGUGUUCAUGUUAAUUUGUCAGUUGCCGAAGCGGGGCGGUUUACUGUUGAUCAAUUUGUGGGUGGAUCUUCAUGGAUUGGACAAACACAAGUGCCAUUUGAAGCAGGAUUGUGGGAAAUGGCGCAACCUCCAGAAACAGUCCCCUGAUUUUGCUUAUGGAAAAUUGUUAGACCUUUCAAAUUUACUGUUAGUAUAGUUUAGAAAAUUGUCUAUUAUCAUUUUUUGAAUCUACAUCAAUAAUACGGUCAUAAGGAGUAGCAAUUAGCGGAGUAACAGACCAGACAGUCAUGUACACUGUAUUUGGAAACUAGUUAACGUGGAAAUGUGGGGAAAAGUAAACGAAAUUUAAUCCGAAGAAAUAUAAAAUCUCUAAAAUUAA